GGCCGAAGGGCCUGUCUGUGUGCUCACUAAAUUGCCCCGCCGAAGCCGGAACGAUACUGAGGGAAGCAAGCGCCGGCCGGCUCCUUUAAAUUGGAAGCAGCUGCUCCUUUAAUAAACAUGGCGGCUCACAUAGGCGAAGUUACGCAGCGUUUGUCGCUCAGUGGGAAGGUGGCUCUGAUCACCGGGGCAAGUUCAGGAAUUGGAGCUGGGACAGCCAUCCUGUUCGCCAGGCUCGGAGUCAAACUGGCUCUGAAUGGACGGAACGUGGAAAACCUGAACAAAGUGUGCAAAGAAUGUGAGGAGGUCGGCUCAAGCACGCCCCUGCUGUUACCCGGUGACCUGACAGAUGAGGCAAUUGUGAACCAGGUGAUAGAGAAAACAGUGAGCUUCUACGGACAGCUGGACGUGCUGGUGAACAGUGCGGGGAUCCUGCUCUUGGGAACCAUUGAAAACACAAGCGUGGAACAGUUCGAUCACAUUAUGAACAUUAACGUCAGGUCUGUGUACCAUCUCACACAACUGGCUGUCCCUCACCUCAUCAAAACCAAAGGCUGCAUUGUCAACGUAUCCAGUGUUAAUGGCCAGCGAUCAUUCCCUGGAGUUGUGGCCUACUGUAUGUCGAAAUCAGCCCUGGACCAGUUCACUCGCUGUUUGGCUCUGGAUCUGGCCCCCAAGAACAUUCGGGUGAAUGCUGUGAGUCCUGGAGUCAUCAUUACGGAUAUCCACAAGAGAGCUGGUCUGACCGAGGAGGCUUAUACUGAGUUCGUGAACAAAUGCAAGGUGACUCAUGCCCUAGGCCGUCCUGGGCAGGUGGACGAAGUGGCCCAGACCAUCGCCUUCCUUGCGUCUGACGCAGCGUCCUUCAUCACUGGUGUCACCCUGCCCGUGGAUGGUGGACGCCAUGCCAUGUGUCCACGGUGAGUGUACAACUCCCUGCAUGGGGUUGGCAGUGCAGAGGCUCCCAGAGAAAGCAGUUAGAGAUUGCUGCCUCUAUAACCCCAGCAGGAUCCAUUGGGAAUACAACCAGAGAACCACCGUCAAAGCAUUCUGUGAAUCAACAUCAAAUAAACACGAUUUCUGGUUUCAA